AUGUCGACUGAAGAGAAAAACAUCAAGCCCACAAUCCCACUAAAACUUCUGGUAGACGAGAAGAAAACCCGAGUCCUCGCGGCUGAAGCCACUAGUGAUUUCGUCAAUGUUUUGCUAAGUUUCCUCUCGCUUCCACUGGGAACUGUUGUUCGUGUCUUGGAAAACCAUCCCGGUUCCAUUGGCUGCAUGAACAACUUGUACCAAAGCAUUGGACAACUCAGUGCGGACAAUUUCUGCACAGAGGCGUGUAAAUCAAUACUGUUAAGCCCAAGAAACCCCCAUUCUCUUGUUUGCAAGAAUCUUAAACUGAAUAUUGACGAUACAAGCAAUAGGAAAUCUUUUGAUUGUAAUAAUCGUAAUUGCCGUAUGUGGAGUCAUUAUCCUGACACGAAGUGUAUUUGUGGAGGCAUAGCCAACUUAGAGAAGUUUCAAGUGUCUCAACCCUUGGAUCCAGAAUGUUUUGUUAAAAGAACGACCGUCUGUGUGAUUACAGAUGAUCUGCAGGUGCUACCUGGAAAUCCGAUUUCUCUGGUGCAGGUGCUAUGUAAUUUGGGUUUCAGCGAUGUCGAUCAGGUUGAGGAGUUGUCUGUUGAUGUUGGAUUAGACGAGGUAAUCUAA